ACUGCGCAACCUGCUAAUCAGCUGGUCUCCGCCUCUCCGACCAAUCAGAAAAUGGUUGCUGUGCUGCCCUGACCGCCGUCAGCCAAUCAGAGGCGCCGCACCUGACAAGGGCCGUCAAUCAGCUGGGUAUCCUUCAGGCAGUUUCGUGCCCAGCGCUGGCAGCGGCUCCUCGGAUGCGCACAGUGGAGGGGACCUCGGGCCGGGGGUUGGCGGGCAGCUGAGCCCGGCGGCCUCGGGGGUGACGGUAGGAUGUGACGGGACCCGCUCCUCCUGCUUCUAGAAGUUGUCGCCUCAUGAUAAAGGUGACACACGGCGGAGGGGGGCAGAGCCGCAGACACCGAGGAGGAAGUGUCACCAGCCGCCGUGUGUGAGACCCAUGCUUGGUAGAGGACUUAAACGCAAACUGAAUGAUUGUGAAGAGACCAUGACCGACUUUCCUUGUGCCUACGAUUACAACCGAACCAUGCCAUACAGUCAUCAAAGGCAACUGGUGCUCAACAUGUGCCUCAACAAACUGCAAAGCUAUAAAAUGCUGGCUGAACCUAACCUGCAUCGAUCUGUUCUAAUAGCCAAUACAGUACGUCAAAUUCAGGAGGAGACGAGGCAGGAGGCCAACCAGCUGCCAGGAGUUAUUGGAAGUGACAUCCCCACCAAUAGCUUAAUGUACACAGCAAGUGAUUCCUUAGAUAGCUCACUAAAUUUACCCUUUGGAAUCAACACAGACUUUUCAAGAGAUUCCUGGCCCAGCGAGAAUUCGUUGGAAAGCCUGAUGGAAGUCACAGACGAUGACAUGUCUUCUGCCAUUUCAUCAAUUCUCAAGGAUCUCGAUUUUGUUGAGGACAUCAGCCCAGCUCCGGCCCAGGGCCCUGCCAUGGAAGACCCACCAAAGCCAAUGGAAGGCGGAUAUAAAGUAGAAAAGCAGGAUAUAAGGGGAACAGAAUGUGUAUUUGGUUCUUUUGAAUUGACCAGCUCCACCAGUUACUUAAAGGAUUUGUCGGUGGAUGACAUUUUUGAUGACAUUGAUACUUCUAUGUAUGACUCUGAUUUUAGUUUUUCCUCCUUAAUGUCACCAAGAAUGCAGCCUACGGUUGAAGAACCCCUCAAGCUGUAUACUAUGUGCAAUAAUUCCUCAAACAGUAACAUGCAGGUCUGCAGGACAGAUUUGAAUGAUCUGGACCACAUCAUGGAGAUUCUAGUUGGGUCCUGACGUCAUGCUAGCUACUAAAGCAAGGCCAUGUGGCCUUAAAGGGGAAAUGUAUUUUAGACUAAACUUGGAAAAACAAAGGGCGAUUUUACUUUUACAGAUGCACAAAUGAUUAGGCUAUAAAUGUCUAUGGAAUCCCAAACUGCCUAGUUACAGUCAUUCAGUAUUAUGCAUAUUCUUAUAAUUGGAGAUCUGAAGAAAAACACAACACGAACUCUCUGCAGAAAACCAAUAUUUUUGUAAUAAGAACAAUAUUUGUAAACCUUUUUCGGAUAGUAGAAUACCCUACAAGAGCCAACUUGAGAUGUCACUUCUUGUAUAUAGUGGACACUACCUCUUUAAGAUGACGUGCAAAAACUUAUCUGUGUGCUUAGUUUGUGUGUGGGUUUUUUUGCGUACAUUUUUUUUUUACAUUUUAUUUUGUUUUAAUGUUUUCUAUCAAUCUUUCUGUAUUGGUAUUGUGCAUUUCAGAUUAUUAUUGUGUUAAUUUAUUAAUUGUAAUCAAAUUUAUUAGUUGAUGUGAUUCUACUGGUGAUGAAGUGUACCGAGGUCUGUGCUCGGCAUGCGAGCCAUUUUCUAAUCUAUGAUCAAAACAAAUGUCUGCAUCAUCGUCCCGUUGAAUCACUUGGAACUAAUUAUGUUAAUAAGGAAUUACAGGAACUGUCUUUUAUAUUGGAAAGCAGAAAUCGCACCACUCUUGUCCAUGGUCUGCAUCUGGCAUUGCAGUUCAGCGCCAUUGAGUUUAAUGUGAGCUGCAGUACCUAAAAGAGCCAAUGGACAAGAUUGGUGCUGUUUCUGAGGGGGCGGGGGAAGCAGAUGUUUUUUUUUUUCUAAUCCUGGACGAUCCCUUUUAAGCACAAAUUGACGCAUUGUUGUCAAUGGUUCCUAAAGCUGGUGUAGAAUACGUAUAUGUAUGAAUACCCCAAAGAUCGCCCCAUAUUAGCUGAGUAUAGGCUGCAGGUAUAUGCUCUCGGCAUGCUGGCACUUUACUUCUGGGGCAGUCCUUGGCUUCUCUUAGAUCUGAUCUCUUCACUUCUUUUCUACCUCAUAGAUGUUCCUUUGUGGCGAUUUUUCAAAACUUGUGAUUCAAUCUAGAAAAAGAAGCCUGCAGACUUUUCUUGUGAAUAUUUAUUGUGCUUUUUUAAAUAUUUUUCUGAGCUAUGCAUUUGUAGAUGUUCCAAACGUGCAGUGAGCAUGUACGCAAGUAGCGCAGCAUUUUAGCUCCUUGGAAAGCACUUAUUUCUUGAUCAUCUUUCUAUAAAAUAUAUAUUAUAAUUUUUUUUUUUUUUUUUUUGUUGGGGGCAAGAAUUGAAAAGUUUAUAACAGAGGCUGAGACUUUUCUGUGUAGUGUUUUUGUGUGGGUCUCAUUAGCUUUCUGACUUGUAUUUUAGAUCUGUUUUUGUUUAGGUUAGUUUUUGUUCCUUUUUAUUUUAUUUUUUAUUUUUUUCUCUACAAAAGUAAAUGGUCUGUUACUCCUGAGAUCAGGAUUUAUGCAA